AUGGCGUUUACGGUAGGGGAGCAAGUCUUGUUGAAGGUUUCACCCAUGAAGGGUGUCAUGAGAUUUGGAAAGAGGGAUAAGUUGAGUCCCCGUUAUAUCGGUCCAUUUGAGAUCCGUCGUCGUAUUGGCGAGGUUGCAUAUGAGUUGGCCUUGCCACCAGGCCUGUCAGGUGUCCAUCCAGUUUUUCAUGUUUCUAUGUUGAAGAAGUACCAUUCAGACGGGUCUUAUAUCAUUCACUGGGAUUCGGUGUUGCUAGAUGAGAAUCUGUCAUAUGAGGAAGAGCCUAUAGCAAUAUUAGAUAGGCAGGUUAGAAAGUUGCGGACCAAAGAAAUAGCCUCCGUGAAAGUUCAAUGGAAGGAUCGUCCGGUGGAGGAAGCUACUUGGGAGACCGAGGCAGAUAUGCGGAGUAGAUACCCUCAGUUAUUUGGCGGUUCAGUGUUUAUAGCUUGCGAUAAUGGGUGA